AUGGGCGCCUCGCUAUGCAAGCCGAAGAAGAAGAAGCAAGUCGGCUCAUCGUGGGUGGGCAACGAGAGCGAGAACCCGUUCGACCUCGGGCUCAAUAAGAAGGAGCGCGUGUGUUUGAGGGAGACGUAUAUGCGUCUCCACGACGCGAAGGAGCUGAUCGGCAUCAUCUUCGCCGACAUUGUCUUCGACAUCGAACCCGAUCUCAAAAAGGUGUUCGGCGUCGAGCGGGCGCCCAAGGCGACCAUGUCGAAAAUGCCGAAAUUUGGCGGGCAUAUCGCCAGGUUUUCCGAGUUUUUGGAGCAGGUAACUUCCAUGCUCGGUUUUACUGAUAAUGUAGCCGGGGCCUGGCAGCUGGUGAGGAAAACGGGCAGGAGUCAUGUCCGCCAAUCGUUCCUCGAGCAAAACCAGAACCAGAUGGGGAAGAAUUAUUUCCAGAUUGUUAUUGAUAGUUUUAUUAUCGAGUUUAUCCCGUAUUUGACGGGGGAUAAGGAAGAACCGAUGCCAGAAAGUGACAAAAAGAAGGUGCGCUUUGCCCAGAAUUACUCACCAACGAUGAUUUAUGACGUCUGGAAAAGGUUCUUCAACAUUCUCCUCUCGCAACUCGUCGACUCCUUCGAGCUUGAGCGGACAAAACAACGAAAUGCACAGUCUCAAAAAGCCCUCGCACCCCAUCAACAUGUCGAACAGAGCGAGCGGAAAAAGCGCAAGAUUCAGGAAAAAGCGAGCGAGAUCGAGAACACGGCCGGGGAGAACGAGCCGAAGGAGCCGGAGCAAAUGUUCGAGGACCCGUUC